CCCCGAGCUGUUCCAGUCUUUUCCAGACAGUCGAGGAGUACACCUGGAUAAUAACCGAAGAGAUGGCAACCGAAGUGCAUCAGAUGGCAGAUGCAAUACAAGAAUCUGAAAUUAGUAACUUUUAUCGAGAUAAGCAUAUACUAUUGACUGGAGCAACGGGGUUUUUUGGGAAACUUUUGAUAGAAAAGUUACUCAGGGUAUGUAAACCAAAAAUGAUAUAUCUACUUAUCAGAAGCAAGAAAUCUUGUGAACCUCAUAAAAGACUUCAAGCUUUAAUAAACAAUACGAUAUUCGAUCGCCUUAAGGAGCAGAACCCUAAUUUCAUGGACCACAUAUCAGCUGUUUCUGGAGAUAUUUCAGAACCAGGACUUGACUUGCUGCCUUCAGACAGGGACAUCUUGGUCGAAAACGUCCAGAUCGUCAUGCACGGUGCUGCUACGGUCAAAUUCGAUGAAAAAUUAUCACUUGCCACAAAAAUAAACGUCCUAGGAACCAAAUCAAUUCUGGAGCUAUGCCAAAAAAUGACCAAACUUGAAUCUGUAGUCCAUAUAUCGACAGCUUUCAGCAAUUGCAAUCAACUUGAAAUUAAAGAAAAAUUUUAUGAAAGUCCCAUGACAUCAGAUAAUCUCAUUCAGUUGUCGGAAUGCGUCAAAGAAGACCAGCUAGAAUUAAUGUCGGCUCAUAUAAGAAAUAAAUGGCCAAAUACUUACGUUUUCACGAAAGCAGUAGCAGAAGAGGCUGUGACUAAAUAUGGAAGAGGGCUCCCAAUUUCUGUUUUUCGACCAGUCGUAGUUAUAUCCACAAAGAGCGAGCCAGUCCCUGGCUGGUCCGACAACUUAUAUGGUCCUCAGGGUUUAACACUUGGAACAGGAGCAGGAAUAGUGAGGGUUAUAAGAUGUGAUUCUAAUUGUGCCGCUGAACUUGUUCCAGCAGAUUAUGCGGUUAACUGUCUCCUUACUGUCGGCUACAAGACAGCUUCGGUAGAUUCACAUCUUGACAUCCCAAUAUACAACUUUUCUACCGACCCUGAAAACAAAAUAACUUGGGGAGAAUAUAUGAAGGUAUGUUUCCAAAGAGAAAAAGAAGUUCCACUGGCUAUGGCGAUAUGGUAUUGCACAUGCGUACUAGUCAAAAAUUGGUUUGGUUUCCUUUUGCUUACGAACAUCCUACACAAUCUGCCAGCUUUAUUCAUUGACACUGGAUUAUUACUUAUGAAUAAAAAGCCCUGGGCAUUGAACAUCUACAAAAAAAUUCACAAGCUGGAGAAUCUUUUAUCAUUUUUUUCAACUCGUCAAUGGGAUUUUUCCCGAGAUAACGUUGAUAAUCUUUGGAAAAGCCUUUCAGAAACAGAUAAGAAGUUAUUUCCAUUUGAUAUGAAAUCUCUAGAUUAUAAAGCAUACCUUUUCAGUUAUGUGGAUGGAAUGAGAUUUUAUUUAGGAAAAGAAGAUGUGAGUACGAUACCACGGGGCAGGAGGAUUAACAAGCUACGGUAUGUAGCACACAGAUCUGUACAACUAGUCUUUUCUUCAAGUGUUAUCUGGUGUUUGUGGAGAGUUUUCUCGUUAAUUUUAUAAACCCGCGAGCUCCUUUCAUUUGAAAUAUAAUUAGACAAGGAAGAACUGAGUUUCCUAUUGUCGUAACAAUAGUCGAUCAUAAAGAAUUGUGUGAAUUGUAUCAUAAAUCUUUAUUUAAAUCCUUUUUCUUUAAAAUUAAUUAUAUCUGUUUUAUUUAUUUUAAUUUCAAAAACUAAAAAGUGUAGAUAUAAUAUAACGUAAAUGGAUUCUUAUCCAUUCUUAUUCUUAUAAAAAAACAUUAGUGAAAAUAUUUCUGUUAGCUUUAAGUAGCAUUUACUAGGCAAUACAAUAUAAUAUAGUGUUUUAUGUAUAUAAUUUUUGCUUAAAUUAUAAUGAAUCUCCCUUGUAUAUUAUCUUACAA